AUGUCAAUGGUCUAUCAUUCAUUCAUCACAAUCACCUGCAUCUGGUCUUUCUGGGAGAGCUCAACCCUGGCCAUAAAACAAGCCAAAAGCAUAUUCGACGACCUCAAGGCUCAUAGAGGAUUGGUUUAUACUCCUGCAGAAGAAGCCCAGCAUUUCGCUCGUUUCGAGGAGGAGUUGAGGAUCCAGUCCGAACUCAUCUCGACUGAAGAUUUGACGGUCCUCUACGAUGAGACCAGACCGGCCAUCAUGCAGAGCCUCGUUGACGAGAUCAAUUCCAAGCAGAACACAUGGACCGCGUCGACUGGGCAGAAAAGAUUCAAGAACCUCUCCCUACGUGAUGCUAGGAUGUUAUGUGGAACAUUGAAGAGAGGGUCAAACGACAUAAGAAAAGGCUACGCUAUAGAGGAGCUACAAGACCUCCCCACUGACUUCGACGCUCGCACCGCAUUUCCCAACUGCUCAAAGGUUAUCGGCCACAUCAGAGACCAGUCAGCUUGUGGGAGCUGUUGGGCAUUCGGUGUCACUGAGGCCUUUAAUGACCGCCUAUGUAUCAAGUCGGAUGGGGCGUUCACGGAGCUCCUAUCGGCCGGCGAGAUGAAUGCUUGUUCUUCGGAUGCGGUGGUGGAGAUCCUUACUCAGCCUGGUCUUGGGUGCACGAUAAAGGGAUCGCAACUGGUCUCCCCCGUCUACAGUCUGUAG